GAGCCAAGUAAGUUCUUCGCAUCCUUUCGCAUCUCAAUUUUAGGUCGUUUUUCUCUUUGCUCUGUCUCUCACGCUCAUCAUGGAAAACACUGAACCACUCGCCCCAAGACAGGAAGAAGAGGCCGAUGUCCACUUCGAACCCGUCAUCAAGCUUACCGAGCAGAUAGACACCAAAACCCACGAAGAGGAUGAACAAGUUCUCUUCAAGAUGCGUGCUAAAUUGUUCCGAUUCGACGCUGCUUCGUCCGAGUGGAAAGAAAGAGGUACUGGAGAUGUUCGUCUUCUAGCGCACAAAGAGACAAAGAAGGUUCGACUUGUAAUGAGACGCGACAAAACUUUGAAGGUCUGCGCAAAUCACUCCAUUUCUGCCGACAUGCGUCUGCAACCCAACAUUGGAUCCGAUCGAUCCUGGGUUUGGAAGGUUGCUGCUGAUUACUCUGAAACCCCACCGACGUCGGAGACGCUUGCUAUCCGAUUUGCUAACUCGGAAAAUGCUCAUGAAUUUAAGAAAGAGUUCGAAGCUGCUCAGAAGACGAAUGUUGCUCUAAGUGGUGGUGCCCCUGCAGAAGCAUCUCUUGUCGAAGAGAAGAAGGAUGAAGCGGAGAAGGAGAAGGUUGAUGAAGAAGAAAAGAAAGACGAAACCAAAGACGAAAAGAAGGAAGAAGAGAAGUAGACCAUUUGGAUUCUGGAUCCUGUAUUUCCCGUUAUUAAACUCGUCUCAUGGAAAUCCACCUCUCGCAUAUUCUCUAAUAUAACAGUCCAGUAUUUCAGGUAAAUGUUCUACAGUAAUCCUGGAACACACUACAGUUCGUGUUCGUAGGCAGU